UAGGUACCAACAAAGCGGCACUUCAGCGGCGAACAAUGUACGAGUAUAUUUUGUAUUUUGCACUUCGUGUAAGCCUGAAGUUUAGUGCAAAAACUGUCGCCGACAUGGAAGGACCUGCCUUGACAGCGGCAGCCAAAAGGAGGCAUGAGUCACUGCUGAGGACUCUGGCACAGCCGACGAACACUGUGCCGAAGCUGGCGGAUGAUACGAACUUUGAAUUCAAUGUGAUUGCCAGCGAGAAGCUGCCAGAGUACGCUCGAUUGGACCUCUUUCAUCGAGCUGUGUAUCCAUUCAUGCUGCUGGCUCAAUUCUUUGCUGUGAUGCCCUUGGUUGGCAUACGGGAGCCCAAUCCGCGAAGAGUUCGCUUUGCCUAUAAAUCGCUGCCCAUGAUCGUCACUGUCACGUUUAUAGCCGCCACUUUGACUUUGUUUGCCGCCAUGCUCAAGCACUUGUUGGAGAUUGGCAUUAAUGCCAAAAAUUUUGUGGGACUUGUGUUCUUUGGCUGUGUGCUGCUUGCUUGUGUUGUCUUUAUUCGUUUGGCUCGCCGUUGGCCACAUCUCAUUCGCUAUUGGACACGCACGGAGCUGGUCUUUACCAGGGCGCCCUACGAGAUGCCCAAAAGAAAUCUAUACAAGCGCGUGCAGCUGGCUGGCUUGAUGAUUAUUGGUCUGUCGAUGGGUGAACAUGCCAUGUAUCAGAUUUCUGCAAUUCUUAGCUACAAGCGACGCAUACAAUUGUGCUCUGCAGCGGCCAACGUUACGGCUGUGACAAGUUUCGAAGACUAUGCGAGAACGAACUAUGAUUAUGCGUUUCAAUGGCUGCCCUACAACCCCGUCAUGGCAGCUUUACUAUUGCUCAUCAGUGGAGCGUGCACUUUUGUGUGGAACUACAUGGAUCUGUUUAUAAUGAUGGUCAGCAAAGGACUUUCCUAUCGCUUCGAGCAGAUCACGGCACGCAUACGCAAGCUGGAGCACGAAGAGGUGGCUGAAUCCACCUUCAUCGAGAUUCGCGAACACUAUGUAAAGAUGUGCGAACUGCUGGAGUAUGUGGACAGCUCCAUGUCCAGCCUAAUAUUGCUCUCCUGUGUGAAUAAUUUAUAUUUUGUUUGCUAUCAGCUUCUCAACGUAUUCAACAAACUCCGCUGGCCCAUCAACUACAUUUACUUUUGGUACUCUUUGCUCUAUCUGAUUGGACGCACGGCCUUUGUGUUCCUCACGGCCGCAGACAUCAAUGAGGAGUCGAAGCGUGGUCUGGGCAUACUGCGACGAGUGUCCAGCAAGAGCUGGUGUGUGGAGGUGGAGCGUCUUAUAUUCCAGAUGACCACCCAAGUGGUGGCUCUGUCGGGCAAGAAGUUUUACUUCCUCACGCGCAGGCUUCUCUUUGGAAUGGCUGGAACCAUUGUCACCUACGAGCUGGUUCUACUGCAAUUCGAUGAACCCAAUCGUCGCAAGGGUCUGCUGCCCUUGUGCGCCUGCAAUGUACGCGCCUUGGAUGUUGAGGAUAUUCGCUAUCGUUGGCUCUCCCCACGCAUCUUCUACUCUGCACUCAUCAUAGCAAUGAAUAUCUGUGAAUUUGGAGCCGUUUUGAAUUAUGUGGGCCAGGUGGCAAUCAAUUUUCACAACUCCAGCACGCUGUCGCUGUAUGUUGUCUGCCUUUUGGAGCACUUUUUCUUCUGGCGACUGGCUGUCCAGUGGCCCAGCAUCAUGCGAACGUGGCAUAGUGUGGAGCAGCUCUUUCUGCGCGUACCCUAUCGCUUCUAUGGCGAGUACAGGAUGAAGAGACGCAUCUACAUUGUGUUUUCAGUGGUCAUGCUAUCAGCUUUGGCGGAACACUGUCUGCUGCUCACAAACUCCUUUCAUCUCAGCAACAUGGAGCGCACUCAGUGCAAGAUCAAUGUCACCUAUUUGGAGAGCAUCUACAGAUGGGAGCGACCACAUCUCUACAUGAUUCUGCCAUAUCACAUGUGGAUGCUUCCCUUUUUGGAGUGGAUCAACGAAACCAUUGCCUAUCCCCGCUCCUUUACCGACUGCUUUAUCAUGUGCAUUGGCAUUGGCCUGGCCGCACGUUUCCAUCAACUCUAUCGACGAAUCGCUGCUGUUCACAGGAAGGUCAUGCCAGCUGUCUUCUGGACUGAAGUGCGUGAGCAUUAUCUGGCACUCAAGCGCCUGGUGCGUCUCCUGGAUGCCGCCAUUGCACCGCUAGUGCUGCUGGCAUUUGGCAAUAACAUGUCCUUCAUAUGCUUUCAACUGUUUAACAGUUUCAAAAACAUUGGCGUGGACUUUAUGGUGAUGCUGGCCUUUUGGUAUUCCCUGGUCUUUGCCGUUGUACGCACUCUGCUGACCAUUUUUGUUGCCUCUUCAAUUAAUGAUAUUGAGAGGAAGAUUGUUACGGCACUGCGGGAUGUCCCUAGCAGGGCAUGGUCCAUUGAGGUUCAGCGUUUCAGCGAGCAAUUGGGUAACGACAUGACAGCCCUGUCCGGCAGUGGCUUCUUCUACCUCACACGCUCACUUGUACUGGCUAUGGGCACCACCAUCAUCACGUACGAGCUGAUGAUAUCGGAUGUGAUCAACCAGGGCGGCAUCAGGCAAAAGACUCAAUACUAUAAACGAAAGGCAACCGCCCACUUGUUUGUGGUCCUGGGACACGCUCUAAAUCAUUUUCCACUCAACAGCGAAGCCAUGAAGCAGGUCGCGACCAGGAGCAGGGCUAAAAACACGCUUCAGCAUGCCAUUGGACCAUUCCUGGUGGUGGCACAGUUCUUUGGUGUAAUGCCAGUGUCUGGGAUCUGGCCUAGUUCCCCCGCGGAGAAGGUGCGUUUUCGCUGGUUCUCCCUGUCUUUUGUUGCAGCCAUUGUGAUAUUCGCCUUCUCCAUUAUGGACUGCGGGCUGUCCUCCAAAGUGGUGCUCGAUUAUGGCCUAAAGAUCUAUACCAUAGGUUCCCUCAGCUUCAGCGUGAUUUGCAUCUUCUGUAUUGGAGUCUUUCUGCAGGUGUCCCGCCGCUGGCCGCAUCUCAUCCAACGGACAGCGCAAUGCGAGCAGAUCUUCAUGCAGCCCGACUACGAAUGCUGCUUUGGCCGUGAGUUUAGUCGUCGCCUGCGGCUCUGGGGAGUGAUUCUGCUCGUGUCCGCCUUCUGCGAGCACUCAACCUACGUGGGCAGCGCCCUGUACAACAAUCAUCUGCAGAUUGUCGAGUGCAAGCUGAAUGUGAACUUCUGGUUGAACUACUUUCAGCGCGAACGCCAGCAGCUCUUUCUAGUGCUUCAGUUUUCCUCCUGGUGGAUACCCUUCAUAGAGUGGACCACCCUCUCGAUGACCUUUGUGUGGAACUUUGUGGACAUCUUUCUCAUUCUGAACUUUCGGGGAUUGCAGAUGCGCUUCCAGCAGAUGCACUGGCGCAUCCGCCAGAAUGCCUUUCAGCGCAUGCCAAACGAAUUCUGGCAGAGUGUGCGUGGCGAUUUGUUGGAUCUAAAUGAUUUGCUCAGCCUCAACGACAAGGAACUAUCGGGACUUAUAGUCCUCUCCUGUGCCCACAACAUGUACUUUGUGUGUGUGCAGAUAUAUCACAGUUUUCAAUCCAAGGGAAACUAUGUGGAUGAGCUGUACUUCUGGUUCAGCCUGGUGUAUGUAAUUUUGCGGGUCUUAAACAUGAUGUUUGCUGCCUCUUCUAUACCACAGGAGGCCAAGGCCAUAUCGGACACGGUCUACGAAAUACCCACGGAACUUUGGAGCGUGGAACUGAGGCGCCUAAAUGAGAUUUUGAUCUCGGAGAAGUUCUCACUCAGCGGCAAGGGCUACUUUUUUCUCACACGCCGGCUAAUAUUUGCAAUGGUUGGCACCUUGAUGGUGUACGAGCUGGUGCUGAUCAAUCAAAUGGCUGGAAUUGUGACCCAGAAGAGUUUCUGUGACGGCGGUGUGGGCUCCUCCAAGAGCGUAUUUGCCUAAUCGGCUGCCUGUCUGUUUUGUUUGCUUUGGAUUUCUCGCACUUAUCUGCAAA